AUGAUCAAGCUGAAGGCUCCAUGGAGAGGAAGGACUUUUUUACUAAUAGGCGAUGAAUGCAUUAUGGCAGUCAAUCAACCACGCCAUACUCACGACUGGGAUGAAGUUACUGGAAAAUGGAAACCACGUGGAAUCUGGUUGUUUCUCAAGGUGCUUUCUUCACAUGAAGAGAAACAUUGCUUACCUCUAUCAGGCAGGCAGAAAUAG